AUGGGCCGCCGCAAGAUCGAGAUCAAGGCCAUCAAGGACGAUCGCAACCGCUCCGUCACCUUUCUCAAGCGCAAGGGCGGCCUCUUCAAGAAGGCCCAUGAGCUCUCCGUCCUCUGCUCGGUCGACGUCACUGUGAUCAUCUUCGGCCACAACAAGAAGCUGUACGAGUUCUCCUCCGCCGAUAUCCAGGAAACCCUCGGCAGAUACCAAUACUAUGGACAACCGCACGAGCACAAGGGGCCGGCCGACUUUCUCGGUAAGGGCGCGCUCGACGACGAUGAAGACGAGGAGUCGCCCGCGCCAGACGACCAGCAGCAGAUGGGCCCCGUCUACCACCCGCCGCCGCCACCGCAGCAGCAGCAACACCAGCAUCAACAACCGCACCCGCAUCCGCAGCAUAUCAAGCAGCCUCCGUCCGUCUCCCCUCCAAUAGACGGGCCUCAUGCGCCCCCCGGACAGGCGCCCUCGCGGCCCUCGUCACGCAACCAUGUCCAGCGGAUGGCCAUGCACCCGCAACACCACCCUCAGCAGCAACAUCAACACGGCACUCCCCCUCCAGCGCCGACAGCCGGUGCGCAAAAUGGGUUCUACAUGCAGAACUACCCACAGGCGCCGCCGCAACAGCAACAGCAGCAGCACCCGCAGUACUAUUCGCACCAGCCACUGCCGCCGCCUCAGCACCACCACCAGCAGCCGCACCACCAACAUCCGGCAAUGGCCCAGCAGUACAUCCCGGAUAACAGGCGGCAAUCUAUGCCCCCGGCCCCGGCUUUCCAGGAACAGCAUCACCCGCCACAACACCCGCAACAACCACCUCAGCAGCAGAUCAAAGUGGACCGGAGCCCGCCGCCGCAGCCAAAGCCCAUGCCCACCAAGUCACGAUCCAUCUUCACCCCCAUAGACGAUCGUGGUUCGGUCCUGGCACAACACUUUGGCUUCGGCCCGUCAGCAGAGUCGCCCAAGAAGGAACCCAGACAGCCUCCCAAGCAGCAACAGCAACAACAGCCACCACCUCAAGUCCAAGCACAACCACCCCAGCAGAUACCCCAUAGAACAUCAGUCUCUUCCAUCCCGCCGCCCUCGAGGACAAACAGCAUCCAGUCAAAUAUCAAACGACCCAUUCUCAAGGUCCAGAUCCCCAGCGAGACGUCGGACGCGGGCAGCAUCACCGCCGGAUCCUCGCCUGCGACGGGAACUAACCCUGCUCCCACAGUUGGUGGUGGUGGUGCUGCCGGCGCCGCAUCAACCUCCACAGGACCUGGCGGACCGCCUACAACAAGCAAGCCCGCAGAAGCAAGCCACUCAGCCGUCGUCCUACCGCCGCCGUCCCCUUCGGCAUCUGCCUUACUCAGUGCCGGUGCCCAUGGCCCGCCUAACCCCUUUGCGCGCCCUCCUCCACCAGCAUCAAACAGCCAACCAUCCAACAACGGGGGCAGCACCAACAACAACAACAGCAGCAACAACAACAUCGAUACCCCCAUCUCUGCCUUACCCAGUCGCUUUGUGUCUGAUACCCUUCUGCCGUCUCCGUCCAGCUUCUAUCCUGAAUGGGGCUUUGGCCGCUCCGGCCGCGAUAGCAACAUGCUUCCUAGCCCGCUGACUUUCUCGACGCCCGUCCUGCAGAACCCUUCUCAGCCGUUCGCCAGCAGCAGCGGCGGCUCCAAUGCCAAUGUGCAUGGUAACGCUGGUGCCCAUGGUAACGUGCGAGACGACGAGUCUGACCGGAAGAGAAAGGAGCCUGAGUCUAGCAGCGAGACGGCCGUUGACAAGAGGCUCAAAGUCGAGUAG